AUGCACUAUACACUCAUCGCUUCGACGGCUGCACUUUCUGCACUGGUUCCGCGCCAGAUGCGAAACUGCCCCGCUAUACCUACAUGCCCUCGCUGGAACGGUUGCGUAUCUACAUCCACCAACGGUGCUGUAUUCCAGCUCACCUGUGCGACCGACUACAACGGCCCCAUCAUCGACUCUGCCCAGGAUUGCGUCGCAUUCAACAUGAAGGGAAGUUUCUGCUACCUUCUGGGCAACCCCAAGGGUACUGCCCGGCCAGCAACCAACGUGUCCACCGGCAAUCAGCUCAAGGGCCCGACCAUCGCAGAGCCCGCGCCUGGCUCCUCGACAUGCACCGACGUCAUCGACUGCCCUACCGAUGACAAGUGCAGGUACACCACUGCGAACCAGAAGCCGUUCAUUGCACAGUGCAACUGGGACUACUAUGGUGGCGACAUUGCCUACAAGUCAACCGAGUCCAUGACCAAGUGUGUGGACGUGUGUUCUUUUACAACAGGAUGUGUUGCCGUUACUUGGUUUGACCAGAACUGCUACCUCAAGAACAACAACACCAACAUGAUCUACAACAACAAUGUUGAUAGUGUUCAUCUUGAGAACUAG